GCUGUUGAAAAUAAUGAAGAUCUUGAAGGCCUAAUCGCUAAAAAGCAGUUACGUCGACAAGCAAAGAAGAAACGUAGAGAGACCGUCAACACUGAAGAAUCGUCGCCUCACCCUAAUGAGCUUGAUGAUUUAUUAGAUACCACUGUGCAAACACAACCUACUUCAGGGGUUAUAAAUAGGAUAACACUUAAACGUACAGUAGGUGAAAUCGAAGCUGAUGAGACGGAAGAAACGCAAGAUGCAGAUGCAUCUGUUGAUACGAACGCUACUCCAAGGGUUUCUCGGCGUAAAUCUAGGAAAUUAUCACAUUCUAUUAAAGAACAAUCUUAUCCGGGCCAAAAAAGGGGCCGUAAGCCUGAUAUGAUUGUAGAUUCAGAAGAAGCCGCUGCUACAGUUGUUGAGGCACUUACAGAAUUAUCAGUGAUUUCUAAUCAGAAAAAACGGGGCAGAAGGCGCAAAUUCGAUGGUGUCGAAGGUGACAAUGAAUCGUCAUCUUCGGUUAAAAAAAAGGGUAAAAGUCGUAAAAUAGAUAACGUUGAAGUUUUCAUAGAACCAUCAACUCUAGUUAAAAAAAAAGGAAAAGGGCGUAAAAUGGACGAAAUCAUUGAUGAUGAUGCACAAGAUGUAUUAAAGCUACAUCCUAUUGCAAUCAAUAUAAUUCGCCAAAAAAUAAGCCGCGAUGAAUACAAAACGACAGAGGAGUUUAAGAAUGACGUAUACUUAAUGUUUGAUAAUGCUAGGACUUUUAAUAUUGAAGGGUCCCAAGUUUACGCCGAUGCAGAAAUUAUGCAGGUAAAAGAAAUUAAUAUUUAUUUUGAUAUGUAUUUCUAA